AUGGCGCGAUCUCGGCUCACUGCAACCUCGCUCAGGAAGCCCUGGAAGCUCAACCGCCAGACUUCUCUUGACUCAGGCCACAGUCUUCUGUGUGGCUGGUCUCCAGGAGGUAAGGACAGCCCCGCAGGUGACACUGGUGCUUGGGCUCCUGCUAAGCAGUUCUUUCCUUCGAGUAACAGAACCAGGGAGGGAGGUGGGCUGCGGCCUCCCCUGCCCCUACAGUCGUCUCCUGCAGCUCCCACCAUGCUGGACUCGUCAGCAGCAGAGCACGUGACCCGACUGACGCUGAAGCUCUUGGGACAGAAGCUGGAGCAAGAACGGCAGAACAUGGAAGGGGGACCUGAGGGCCUCCACCUCGAGCCAGGAAAUGAGGACCGGCCGGACGACGCCCUGCAGACUGCUCUGAAGAGAAGGAGAGACCUUCUACAGAGACUCCGGGUAGGCCCUGAACCCUCUGAGCGAACCUGGCUGAGCUCACUGUAGUAGAGACGGCUGCCCAGCCUUACAGCACCGGGUGGGAGGGUAUUGGGGAAGACCUUUCUGGACUCUCAGGGCUAGGCCCCAGUGAGGGCACUGUUAGCUUAGAGACCUGCCUGUGUGCAGGUUUCCAUCAGGGCAGGAAAUGUUGAGUAGGGGCCCAAUUCCAGGAGGACCUGGAAUUCUGGGAUGCCCGGAGGUUUGCUCCCACGGCACUCACCAAAGAUGCAUCUGAGUGGCAGAGACGCCGGGGAGGUGGGGCCGCUUUUCUAGGGGGAGAUCUUUGCAGCGAAGUAGGCCUGGAACUGGCUU